CCUGCCGUCGUCGAGGCUCCGGAGAGAAGAGGGGGAAGAACUUGACAGCCGCCCCGCUGCCCUCCCCUGAAUUUUUUGUUAUUCCUUCUUCUAUAUUUUGUUAAUUUUUAUUUUAUUUCGUUCGAUUUUAUUUUCCUUUGGGGUUUUAUUUUUAUUUUAUUUUUUAUUCUCCUUUAUUUUAUUCCAUUUUAAUUUAUUGGAUUUCUUUUCAUUUAAUUUAAUUUGAUUUUUAUUUUUUCCUGCCUUUUUUUUUUCUAUUUUAUUUUAUUUUUGCAUUAUUUUCCCCUGCUUUUUGUUUGUUUGUUUGUUUGUUUUGGAGGUUUUUUUGUUUGUUUUUUGGUUUCUUUCCUUUUUUUUGCCGCCGCCGUGUGCCGGCGCGGGCUGGCUUCUCCUUUUGAGCGUCUCCAUCCCCCGGCGGAGGUUAUGAUGGUGCAUUGUGCGGGCUGCGAGAGGCCGAUUUUGGACCGGUUCCUACUGAACGUCUUGGACAGGGCAUGGCACAUCAAAUGCGUCCAGUGCUGCGAGUGCAAGUGCAACCUGACCGAGAAAUGCUUCUCCAGGGAAGGGAAACUCUACUGCAAAAAUGACUUUUUCAGGAGGUUUGGUACCAAAUGCGCCGGCUGCUCCCAAGGGAUCUCUCCCAGCGACCUCGUCCGGAAAGCCCGGAAUAAAGUCUUUCACCUGAACUGUUUCACCUGCAUGGUCUGCAACAAGCAGCUCUCCACGGGCGAGGAACUCUAUAUCAUCGACGAAAACAAAUUUGUUUGCAAAGAGGAUUAUUUGAACUCUCCCAGUUUGAAGGAAGGCAGCCUCAACUCAGAGGCAAAGCUCCCAUUUGACUUCCUUGGAAGCUGUCUCUGCGUCAGGAGAGCAGGGCCAGGCCCCCUCCUGCUGUCCCAGCCAUGCCGGGCGCCCCUGCUCACCCCCUUCCGUGGGCUCUCUCUCCGUCCAGCACCCGGGGCCGGAUCCUGCCACGCCAGUCAGUGGGGCCGCUGCUGUGAGCGAGUGUCCUCAUGUACAGACAGGAGUUUGUCCCCGGAUCUCCAGGACCCCAUGCAGGACGACACCAAGGAAACGGACAACUCGACCUCCUCGGACAAGGAGACCACCAACAACGAGAACGAGGAGCAGAACUCGGGCACCAAGCGGAGGGGGCCCCGCACCACCAUUAAAGCCAAGCAGCUGGAAACCCUCAAAGCUGCCUUCGCCGCCACCCCCAAACCCACUCGCCACAUCCGGGAGCAGCUGGCCCAGGAGACCGGCCUCAACAUGAGAGUCAUCCAGGUGUGGUUCCAGAACCGUCGGUCGAAGGAGCGGCGGAUGAAGCAGCUGAGCGCGCUGGGCGCCCGCCGGCACGCGUUCUUCCGCAGCCCCCGCAGGAUGCGGCCCCUCGGCGGCCGCCUCGACGAGUCCGAGAUGCUCGGCUCCACGCCCUACACGUACUACGGAGAUUACCAAGGUGACUACUACGGGCCGGGAGGCAACUAUGACUUUUUCCCCCACGGGCCGCCCUCCCAAGCCCAGUCCCCGGCCGACUCCAGCUACCUUCAGAACUCAGGACCCGGCUCCACACCCCUGGGACCCUUGGAGCCCCCCCUAAGCGGACACCACUCCUCAGAAAACCAAAGGUACACGGAUAUGAUCUCGCACCCCGACACCCCCAGCCCCGAGCCGGGGAUGACCGGCUCGCUGCACCCCAUCCCGGGGGAGGUCUUCAGCGGGGGGCCCAGCCCGCCCUUCUCCAUGUCCAGCAAUAGCGGCUACAGCGGGGCUCUGUCGCACCCCAACCCGGAGCUCAGCGAGGCGGCGGUGUGGUAGGCCCGGCCUGGGCACGCGUGUGCGUGUGCGCAGGGGGAAACCCCCCCUGGUCCCCCCAGCCCACGCGUGUCCCCCUCCUCGCCCCGCAGCAGGGGCCAGUAAAGCCCCCCCCCCCCGCAGAUGCCGAAACGCAUCCCGGCAUCCGCCCGUCCUCCCCAUCCCCGCACCCCCCGGGAGCUUGGGGCCACCCCGCUACCUCCCCCCUCCCGGCACCUUCCCCCCGACAUUUUUGGGGGGGGGCAAGGAAAGGUGCCCAGCCCUGCAGACCCCGCCGGCGGCGGGACCAGCGCCUCUCGGACCAAAGCUGAACUCGCCUGGACACGGGUCCCACCGCCCCGGCGGCACCGGGGGAGGGGGCUGCGGCAGGGCUUCCCCCUGCUCAUUAGCAUCCUUUUUAAUUGCCCCUACCACAGGAAGGGGGGGGGAAUGGGGAAUAGCAGGAAUAACCCUCCCCGUGGCCCCUCCCUGCCCUCGUUUUUAUUGUUCCCGUUUCACCCCCGAGGAGAAGGUGGGCUUGGAGCCGGCUUUUGGCGGUGGGGAGGAGCGGGCUGUGCGGGGCCAGGCCCGGGGCUGCCCCAGUGACUGGCUGAGAUUGGGCUCCCACGUGGUGGAACAGGCACCAGAAAGAGGCAGAAACAGGAAAAACAAAAACACAACAAAACCAACAACAACAAAAUAAAACCCCAAACAAACAAUAAACCCCAGAACUAAACCAACCCAACCACAGCAGCAGAAAUUUCACCCGAGCCUCGACGCCGAGUCCCACCCCAACGAUUCCCAGAGGCUCCGCCAAUUUAAGGAUGUAUUAUAGUUUUUGCUUCUAGUUUCUUUAUUUUGUAUAAAGGAGAAACAAAUAAAGUAUGUUUUUGUGUUUACUGAUUAUUUAUUGUACUUUAGUCAUCGGAGGCUCCGAAUUUUUCUAUUUUGAAGGCAGGGAGGGGAUGGCACCGGGGAGGGGGGGGUGAGAGCAUAGAGAGAGGGGGGGAAUAAAAGGAAGGAGAAUGGAAAAGGAAAGAAAAAAGUUGUUUUCUGAAAGCGUCGUGGGUUUCCUGUCCCCGCUGCCUCUUGCGGAGGCUGUUAGUGUGAAUGGCUCUUGUUGUUCAA